AUGGGGGACCCCAAAUGCACCCGACCCCGUUGCCUGGCAACACUCAUCGUCGUUGCCGUGACCAGUGUCUUUCUAUGCUACUACUUUCUGAAGGUCGACCUCGUUUCCGUCAUGUCUGAAAAGGUCACCAACUUUGACAGGAGCAAGUAUCUGAUUCCUAAAGACGCUUAUGACGAGCGUGUGUCUAUCGCAGUUAACACGGCCCCCAAAUUUACAUACGUUGCCCCCAACUAUACAUACGUUGCCCCCAACUAUACAUACGUUGCCCCAGAAAAUCUGACAGAAACCCUGAAGCGUAUAGCCAGCAUGCAUAAAGUACCCAGUGUUAAUUGUCAUGCCCUGUUUAAGGACUCACAAAGAGACAUAGAAUACGCUAGAAAUAAAACUAAAAAUAUAACAUCUCCUAUAAGUGAUUUAGCAUACCUGUCUUUAACUGCUGAUUGUAGGGCUUUUGUGACUUCGCGCGGAUAUAUCCUUUCGCCUCUAACCAAGGAGGAGGAAGACUUUCCUCUGGCGUUCUCAAUACUCACAUUCAAGGACGUUGAGAUGGUCGAAAGACUUCUAAAGGCCAUUUAUCGCCCCCAAAACUAUUAUUGUAUUCAUGUAGACAAAAAGUCGCCGGAUUCCUUCUACCAGUCCGUGGCUUCCAUUGCUAAAUGUUUUCCUAAUGUGUUCAUCGCAUCUAGAAGGAUAGAUGUUCAGUGGGGCUGGUUUAGUGUGUUGGAGCCGGAGCUUGAGUGUAUGAAAGAGCUGUGGAGAUACCCCAAGUGGAAGUAUUUCUUCACCCUGACAGGCCAAGAGUUUCCAUUGAAGACCAACUUUGAGCUGGUGAAGAUUCUCACUGUUUAUGACGGAGCAAAUGACAUUGAGGGAACGAUUAAAAGAGCUAACAAAGAAAGAUUUCGGACUGCUCCACCUUUAGGGAUCACACCAAUCAAGGGAUCGGUACAUAUUACAGUCAACAGAGAUUUUGUUGGCUACAUACUAUUUAAUAAAACAGCCGAAGCUCUUCUGGAAUGGGCUAAGAACAACGUAUCAAUUCCAGAUGAAACUUACUUUGCCACACUCAACCAUAACCCCCAGUUAGGAGUUAGAGGCGCAUACAAAGGUGUGCCUGAAACCGAUGAAGAUGGGAAGCCUUUUCUCACACGUUUCAAAAACUGGGGUUCAUACAAAUGUUCUGGUGGGCAAUACGUUCGAUCAAUAUGUAUUCUUACAUUAGGAGACCUGCCACUACUGGGGAAAGUCAAACAUUACUUUGCCAACAAGUUUUACCUGUCAGAGGACAGAGUUGUCAUCGGCUGCUUGGAGGAGAAGAUUUUUAAUGACACAAGGGAUGAAUAUCUGGGAGUGAAAACAUUUGACACUUCAUAUUAUGCUAACUUAUCUUUUGUGAAGAAUAAAGUAUGA